ACACGCUUUUCCCAUUCCAUUUUCAACAACCAAAGACGCCAUCACACCUUUGUUGACAUUUCAACAAUUCCCAAGUUUUAUAAAUUCUGUUUUUUAAGAUUAGAAGAAUCUAAUGUUGCGCAGAUUUUCAACGAUGGUCAGUAGUGAGCCCGUGAUGGAUGAGCGCGUGAUUAAACAACAGGAUUCUGCGGCGGCGGCGGUGGCGUCGCCUCUUUCUGCCAUAGCGGAGGCGUUUGAGAAACUUGGGAAAUGGGUGAAGGAAAGAAAGAAUGGUUCCACGAAACAAGAAGAUAUUCGGUUGGACGCUUUCUGCGAGGCUGCUUCUCUCGUCUCUGUUCUCUUCAGAUGUCUUGGCCUUGCUUUCAAAUUCGCUGAAUUGGAAUACGUCGCCAAGUUACAUGGACUACUGGAAGCAUCAAAGACAUGUGCCACUCUAGACGAUAUACUUGAAGUUGAUGUCGCCAGUGACACAGUGAAAACAUCAGGAAGUUUUUCACGUAAUCUGCGUAGAGUUCGGCAGGGUCUUGAUCUUGUCAGAGCUAUAUUCGAACAACUUUUGUCAUCUGAUGAUAGUUCCCUAAAAGAAGUGGCUUCAACAGCUUAUGCACAGGUUUGUGCACCCUAUCACACAUGGACAGUAAGAACAGCUGUGUAUGCUGGUAUGUAUACACUUCCAACAAGAGAGCAACUUUUGAUGAAGCUCAAUGAAACAGAGCAAUCAGCUGAGAAGAAGAUGAAAAGAUACAUUAAUGCCUCAAUUCCAGUUAUAGAGUACAUUGAUAAACUGUACCUCUCUCGAAAUAUUACGUUGGACUGGUGAAUUUCUAUAGAGAAAUUUUGAGAAGUUGAAAGCCCUGUCUGCUUGUUAGAAGGUAGUGGUCUGGCUCCAUUGUCUAUAGCAACCCUAGUUCGCAUGCUUCAAUUUUUUGUUAUAAUUUAUGAGGUAGUUAUGAUAGUUUCUCAACGGCUGUUGGCCCUUUAGGAGAUCCACAGAACAACCAAAUUAGGAUUUUUACCAAAAUGGUAACGAAAGGCAUGUGAAACUUUCAAUUGCAUUGGUUUAUUAUUUUGUAUUUUUUUAUUUUUUUAUUAGUAGAUACAUUGUAUUUGUGUAUAUACAAC